GUCACAGUAAACAACCAUGGCAGACUUGUUAGUGAAGAAACUGACAGCUGAGGAUUAUAACGCUGAAAGAUAUGUUCAAGAUCUCAGUCAUAGUAGUGUUGGGGAUUUGGAGUUACGGCAGCAGAGACAGAGGAUUCAACAUCUGGCAGAGGAAACUAAUGCUCAACUUAAGAAGAAUGUUUAUAUGAAUUACAUGCAGUUCAUAGACACUGCUAAAGAAAUUUCAUAUCUUGAGAGUGAGAUGUACCAACUUUCUCACCUUAUCACAGAACAAAAAUCUCUCUUAACUUCCCUACUUGAGCUGUCUGUUACAGGAGAGAGAGGACCCGGCAGCGCUGCUCAAGAGAUAAUAGAGGUAAACCCACAUGAGAUACGGGAAAAACGAGAACGUGAGAAUAGAAAGAAACUGACAGGCCUGUUGGAAAAAAUUGAAGGAUGUUCGCAUGUAAUGGAGGUAGAAGACCGUUACUUGGUGUUUGAUGGUGAUUUAGUAGAACUCAACCAAGAUGAUUACACUGCCAUGCAGAGGAUUCACUGUUAUCUUCUGAAUGACUCUUUGAUGAUUGCUUCGUGGUUAAGUGAUAGACGUGGUCCAGUACGUUACAAGUUUGAAGUGUUAUACCCUCUGGAUCAAGUUCUACCAGUAAAUAUAAAAGAUCGAGGCAAUACCAAAAAUGCCUUUAAGGUGCUCAUCUUCCCCGAUACACGAGUCUUCAUGGCACCAGCAGCAAAAGCCAAGCAAGAUUGGCUUGAUGAAAUUGAACGCACUAAGGCUAACAAGGUAACUGUUGACAAACAAAAAGUGGAACGCGCUCACCUACACCAGAAGGAACGGCAGCAGUCCCUUAGUAAAGAAGAUUCUCUUGACAGCAAUAAUCCAUUUACUGAUGAGGAUGAGAGCCUGAAUCCCUUCCAAGAGUCACAACCACCUUCCAUGGGACCUCCUGAGUGGGUAUUAGAACUGCCUGAGGAUCUGGAUCAAGCUAUUGCCCAACGAAACUUUGAGGAAGCUGUCAGCCUCAUCGACAAUGGCCGUGAAUAUUUUAACAUGGCCCCAAAAACACCUGCUUAUAGUGAGAUGAGGCGUGCACUUGAGGGUAGAGUGCGAGGUUUGGUUGAGGUACUACAGGCUGAAUUGCGGGUAACUCCAGAAAAGUCUCUCCAAGGUGGUCCUCGAGCUGCUCGCAGAGCCACAACAUUACUUGUUCAUCUUAACAAGUCAAGUCAGGCUUGUGAAUUGUUCUUGGGUCACAGAGGAGCUAUCUUGAAAGCAGGCCUCAAACGGUUACGCUUGGAAGGAAAGACAGUGCUGUAUGUUCGACAGCUGUGCUCAAUUUUUUUCCACAAUCUAUUGGAGACUGGACGAGAAUUUAAUAAAGCUUUCCCAGCUAAUCGCAGUUGUACUUCAGCAUUUGUGGUUUGGGCUCACAAUGAAAUAAACAACUUUGCAUCUAUGUUCUCCCGUCAUGUGUUCACCACUCAAUCCUCCAUCACCACAGUGGCUGAGUGUGUCAGUCAGGCUAACCGACACUGCCAACAGCUGGCAGUUAUAGGUCUAGAUGUUACAUUCGCUCUUCAUACCCUCUUGCUACGAGAUGUGGAAAAGUGGAUUCGUGAUGGUCGUGACAAGAUGAUAGAGGCAGUGAAGCUUCGAGGACAAGAAGAUACCUGGAAGACACAGAAGUUUGAGAAUAAAGAUCAGCUUAAUAAAUUCAUAGAAGAUAUGAAUGAUAUUGGAAUUGCAAAUAUUCAGGCAUAUAUAAUGGAUGAGUUGUGUGUUGGAUUAACUAACAAUAGCAUUCAGUUCAGCCGGGCCUUCUUGGGGUACCUGGAAGAUGUAUUGCGUCUCUAUUGGCCUGAGACAGAGCAUCUUAUCAAUGAGUCCCUCACUGCUCUCUUCUCUGCUCAGCUGCGUCACUGCAAAUCUUCUUUAGCUGAACCUCUUUUCAAAAAUGAAAUUCCUACUAUACGACGAAAUAGUGCCUUCCUUCUUGACGUGAUUCUGACCUUAGGAGAACACCGUUAUGCAGAGACAGUGGGGCGAGCUCAUCCCACCCUUCCAGCCCUACACUCACACCAUGGUGCCCUUACUGGGGAAGCUAUCAAAGCGCCCACAAUUAGUAAAUAUGAAUCAAAUUUCAUUUAAUGUUGGGAAUUUUGUAUAUAAAUUGAAAAAAAGAUGUGAUAUAAUUUUACAAAAAAGUUGUUCUAUUUAUGUGUAUAUACUGUAUGUAUUUUUAUUAUUUUUUUCUUUUUUCUUUUCUUUUUUAUUAACUUAGGUUGAGUUAGUAGAGAGGAUUAUACAGCCCACCAUUGAAGAAAUUACUCACCUCUUGAGAUUAUAUAUUCAGUAACUUACAAGUCCACUUGAUUGCAAUUACAAAUGAGUUUUUCCCUUUAUAUCUCUGCUCUGGCAUAUAUUACUGACUUGAACUUUUUGAGUUGUGCAAAUAGAGCAGUUAAAAUUUUGCUAAUUGCCUGAGUACUGCCUUUUGGGAGGGGUCAAACAGAAAUUCUGGUGUGACAGUAACGAGGGGUGGAUCCAGGAAUAUCAAACGAAGUUGUGGCUCUUUGAAGCCAUUUUGAGGCCAUGUGCACUUGAUAUUAGGAGAUAUUCUGAGGUCAGUAGUAAUUAAUUUUUACUAUGCAAAAAUGCAUGAGUACAUUACUGCAUUAAAGAAAAAGUUUUGGAAUUUUCUCAUGAAAAGGGGGGGGGGGGUGGUGGUCUGAACCCCCAGAACCCUCCCUGGAUCUGCCCCUGAUAACAUGUGUAUAUUAUUGACUCGCCAGUACUUUACUCUCCAGAACCUGCCAAAAUCAUGACACUGACAUGGAGGACAGCUCUGAUAUUGAGGUUGAGUUUUUACCUCAACUUUAAUUGUCUAAGACAGCACCUCCAUGCAUUAGGUUAGAUGGCAUCACCAAAACAAGCAUGACAAGAGUUCUUCCUUGGCUUGUUUUUGAUGAAAGACAUUUAUAGCUCAUAUAUUUCAAGACCAAAGAAACACUUCAUAUUUGGUCAUUCCUCUAUUGCCUGUUGUAAUCAUUCCUAUGUUAUAGGUUAAAAAUAGAUUAUUAACAUUAUUCAUCUUCAUUUUAUGGCCAUUUUCUAUUCUUACGUCGGUCAGCCAGGAUUACCUGUUCACAGUGAUCCACACUGUGCAGUCUCUUGCAGCUUAUCUCAUCAGGUUCUUAGCUCUGUCAUUUCAUACAACCUCUCCCAAUAUCAAUCUUGACCUACUUUUAGUUCUCUUUUUUUCCAAGUUGGGGAUUUCAUCUUUACUGAGCAGACAUUUUAAAAAUGUAUUUUGAGUUAAACUCUACAACCACUGAACUAAUUUAAGCAAAAGUUAACAUGCAUCGUUAUUAGAAUGAAGUAAUUCUGAAGUUUCUAAGGGAUAAUGGUGAUAGCCUUAGGCCAAUCGAAUUUAAAAAAGUAAAAUGUACCUAAUUUUUUUUUCUUCGUCUUACUGAGCUUUUUUCUGGAAAAGUGAUUUGAAUUAUUUCUGUGAUGAAAAUAUCCUUUCCUUUGUUAUACAUAUGACAGUAUUAAAUCUUCUUUUUUAAUGGUUUGUGAACCAGUCUAAUGCUCAUUCAGUGUACGCUCUUAUUUUAUAGUAUUUUUUCUUUGGAUGGCCUAAUUAGUAUGUGUGGGCUCACAGCAGUGUGGUGCAAAAAAAAAAAUUUUUGGUCAUGUCACUGUUUGUAAGGUGUUUAAAAAUUACUCUAUGAAUGUCCAAUAAUUAUACUUACGGGUGGCAAAAGUGCAAAUGUUUUUGUUGUGAUAUAUGAAGGUCACGAGCUUAGUAUAUGAGAACAUCCCAAAGUACUGGGUGUCUGGAGGCAUUGAUUAAACCACUGUGCUUUACAGGAAACCCUCAAUUUCCAUUGCCUUCAAGUUUGGAUUUUAAGAUGUCGCAAUGAACCACUUUACAGCAUAAUUUACAAUUCUGUGCCACCUUUUGUUAUAUCACAGAUGAUACCAGAAAAUUAUGGCAAAACUAAAGUAAUAUUGUAGGUACUGGUACUGUACUAUUAUAUCCAUGGAAUAAUUCUCUUAAAUACUGUAUACAGAGGAAAUAUAUAUUAGGAUGCUUAAUACUAUACAGUACAGUACUUCUUUUAUUGUAGUUUAUUUUAAAGUAGAACUACAGGUUCAAGGGAUAAUGAAAAUUAUCAUUAGUCCUAAAUCAAGAAUAGAACACAGGUAACACAAUUGGCAACACUCACAAUGGCAGUCCUGGAGAACAGUGUACAGUUUACUUUCUCCUCUUCACCACUGGUUGGCACUAGCCAGAGGCUACCUCCAUGACAUCCUCAUCUCUCCACACCAUGGUGUAUAUUAUAGAAUCAUUAUAUAAAUAAGAAAUUCUGUAUAAGUUUAUGAAAUAUAGGAAUAAAGGAUAAUGAAAUGUAUAAUUAGCUUCAUAUGAGACAUGAAAGCUGACCUGGGAAUUGCUGCCUCUCAAUCCAGUGUCAUAAAUUGUAAAAUGUUGCCCGACUUAUAAAUUUCUCCAAAACAAUAAAAUUCCUUAAAUAUCUCAGUAAAAAUAAAAAAAUCAAUAAAAUCACAAAAUAAUAUGCAACAUCCCAUGUUGCUAAGCAUAAGCUGUCACCACUGGAUUGAUAAGUCUCUAAAUCUGGUGGUAAAAUCACUAGUCCUCAAUGUUACUUCCCAUUUCUGAGCUUGGGAAGCAGACACCAUCACACCUGAUGGAAUUUUUCACUUUACUGGGGACAUUUUCAAAGACUGCAUUGGAUAAUUUGCAAUGAAUAUAAAAUUUGCUUACAAUCUUGCUUUGGGCCUGAAGAAAAUCACACAAAGCAGAAGUGACAAAUAAGGUAUUAGUGACUUAAGGACACCAUCCCUACAUCAUCUGCAUGGCAACUACCCAACCAUUUAUAUGUCAUCUGCUUUCCAUUGUUCAGCACUUCCUUAGAACCAUGAAUUACAGCCAAUUGUAUACAGUAUUUUGUUAAAUUUAACUAGCUGCACUGUUAGAGCAAAUAUUCCAGAUUAUAGAAUUUAAAAGAUAUGAGAUUUUACUUCAUAAAUUAUGAAACAAAUUUGCUCCUGGAGUAAAAAAAAAAGAAAGAUAUACAGGAAGUCCUUGCUAUACAGAACCCCUUUAUAUGAAAAUUUUAUUUUACUACCAAGGUUUGUUAUACAGCCUAAGAUUCUUUAGUUACGUAAAGUUUUGGGGAAGAGGUAACUACAGUACUGUAUAUAAAAUGACCUGCAAGCAAAAAAAAAAAAUCUCAACUUCGUUCAAAUUAAACUUGACACAAAAAAAACAGAGAAACACCAUAAGUCAAAUUUACCUUCAGUGCCACCAUCACUGCAAGUUAUCUACCCGUCAGUUUGUUUAUGAAAGUUAAGUGAACCGUACCUACCGUGUCCGAAGUCCUUAAAGCGGUAAUACAACAUUAAAUCAUUUACUGAUAAUAAAUGGACCAUAAUUGUUUAGUUCUUCUUUUUUUUCAUAAUAAAAAUAAAUUAUCAUUUGAAUGGUAGAUUUAGGAGGGUAAAUAUGAACAUACAUUCCCAUUAUUGAGGUCUAGGAAGCAAACAGGCAGUUACUAGCAUUCUAAUAUCCUAAUUUUAUGUACUAAUUGGAACAUGGAGGCAUUAGAAAGGGUUGGUGACUUUCCACAUACAUUAAUUAAUACGUUAUCAAGCCACUGUGAAAGCUUUUCAAAUUUAGAUAUUUAAACACUUCAUGAAGAAAUGUAAAUCUUGAAAGAGAGUGUGUGUGUGUGUGCGUGUGCGCAUGCAUGCUUGCGUGCGUGCGUGCAUCAACAAUGGUACGCAUUCUGUAAAUCAAGGACUUCCUGUACUGGUAUUCUAAAAAAAUAUAUAUAUAUAGAUAAAAAAAUAAAAAUAUAUAUAUAUCAGUGCUAGUAAAUGUAACAGCUUUGAGCAUCUGUACAGGUGUUGACCGUUAUAUGAUCGAUCAGUUUUAUGAUGUUAAAAAUUAACACCAUUUGCUGCGAUGCGAUGGCUAAGAUCAGUUUUACAAUGGUCAUGGCCUCCAAUGUUUGUUUACAAAACCUAAUAAAUACUUUUAAAAAAAUU